GUAUUUUUGGCAUAUUUUCAUCAUAUUGUGAAAAUUGUGAAAUCAAUCUGUUUGGGUGGAAUUACUAAUAGUUCUAUUUUAUAUAUAAUAUAAACGCAACACAUAAUUAAAUUUUAACCUGAAGCAAUCUAAACUCUGUGAUAUUUAUUAUUAAGAAUUAUGUCGAAUCCGUGGAAAAGAGUGUCAGCACCUGUUGAUGUGCAAAACCUAUCAGAUAUUAUGUCCGAAGAAUACGCUAAAGGAUUGCAGGUAAAGGAGGAAUUAAAGUUUGCUGAGCAAAUAUCGGAUACUAAUAUUACAUCCGAGUCAAGCGAAUUAUCCCCUGAAAUUCUUCGUCAAAUUGAAGAGUCCAAUGUUAAAGAAUAUUGCGACUCAGAUGCCAUUAUUGCGAAAGUUUUGCAAUGCCAGUUCGAUAAAGAAUAUGAUGAUGAGUUAAAACGUGUAGAGAAGAAACGGAACGGAGAAUCCAAAGUGUCCGUAUCAUUUGACAAUUAUCGAACGGUUCCUGAACAUUUAGUUUAUGAUUCCGAUUCCGAUGACGAUGGUGAAAUCACCGAAAGAAAGGACUGGGACAGAUUUGAAACUAACGAAAAGGAGUUUGCUAGUUUGCCAAAGAGGGGUUACAUUAUAAAAGAUGGGGAAAUGAUUACAAAACACGAUGGUGUUAUAAAUGCUCGUAGGAAUGCAUGCAGAGUUAUGGCAUUCCCACCAGAAGUGUGUACUGGAGAUGGCGCCGGAUUCGACAUGAAAUUACCGAAUCAUGUGUUUAACCAACUCAAAGAGCAUACUAGAUGGAACACUGCCCGUAAACACAAAAUGUUAGACAGAAAGGAGAGUCAAGCUACAGCUGAAAUGGGUCUUGAUGAAUCCACACGACUUAUCCUCUUCAAACUGAUCAACAAUGGGUUACUAGAGGAUAUCAAUGGAGUUAUAUCUACUGGCAAGGAAUCAGUUGUACUCCAUGCCAACAGUGAUCCUUCCUAUCCAGAUAUGGUACUACCAAAAGAAUGUGCUAUCAAAGUGUUUAAAACCACACUGAAUGAGUUCAAAACUCGUGAUAAAUACAUUGAAGCCGACUACAGAUUCAAAGAUCGGUUCUCUAAGCAGAAUCCCCGUAAAAUUGUCCAUAUGUGGGCUGAGAAGGAAAUGCAUAAUAUGAUGCGUAUACAGAAAGUUGGCUUGAAUUGCCCUGAAAUGGUUUGUUUGAAGAAGCACAUCCUUGUUAUGUCCUUUAUUGGUAAAGAUAAUAAACCAGCUCCUAAGUUGAGAGAUGUUAUUUUGAAGCCAGAACAAUGGGAAAGUGUAUACAAUGAGGUUGUGGAUGCAAUGUACAAGUUGUAUAAUGUAGGACAUCUGGUGCAUGCUGAUUUGUCAGAAUACAAUAUUUUGUGGUGGGAUAACAAAUGUUGGUUCAUUGACGUUUCCCAGUCCGUUCAGCCUGAUCAUCCUAAUGGUUUGGAGUUCCUUUUGAGGGAUUGUCGAAACAUUAUCAAUUUCUUUGAAAAAAAGGGAGUACCAAACAUAAAAACAGCUGAUGAAUUGUUCAAAUUUAUAACUGGAUUUGAAGAAGUGGAUGUCAACUUAUUGGAAGGAGUUCAUACAACAUACAACUCCUUGUCGUCACGUUUUGAAAUUGCUUUGGAUGAUAAUCGCAAUGUCAGCUAUCCAUUUGAGUACUGCUGGCAGAAGACUAAUGAAAAGCCGAAGUCUGAAAAAGACUCUGGAAGUGAUGAUGAGUUUGAUGAGAUGUGGAUACAUUCUCAAAAGAAUAAAGCUAUUGAUUUAGCUACAAACUUCGGGAAUGAAGUAAAAAUCGUUGACGGAAGUGUGGUUGUUGAUAAAGAGGCAAACUUUGGAAAUGUCAUAAAACAUCCUUCUGUAGAAAUCAUUGGGAAUACUAGUAGUACUAGUAGUGUUCAUAAAAAAUCUUAAUCAUAUAUUGUUUCUAAUUUGAAUUGAAUAUACAUAUACAAACUCUGUAUUGAGAAUGAUCAAACAGAAUUUAGUGAACUUGUUUAAAAUGAACAAUAAAAUGGGAGAAAAACAAAUAAAAAUGUGCAAUGCUA